GCAUCAGAGUGUGUAACGUUAGGUCUCUUCCACAGGUGUCUUUCACAUAAAGGAUGCCGAUCUGUUGAAACAGCUGAGUCCGCCCUCCUCCUUGAGCAUUUUAUUAUUCUUGCUCCGAAGACAGAUUUGAAGUUAAUGUUUCGCCAGGAGGUUGGUGUCCUGUCCUUUAUACCGUCUUGUUCGUACCUUUUUCAAUACGAGCAGAGGAACAUGUCUCGGUAUAAUAUCUACAGUCUGCUGGACUGGAUCUAUGGAGGUGUGGACCCCAUGUUUGAGGGUAAUGGAGGGCCAGAGUGCGCAGCCUUCCUCUCUCCAAAACAGAGAAUAUUGGAGACUCUGGUCAUUGUGUUGUUCUCUAUUCUGGAAGUGGUGGUGGCCAUGAAGAAGCUCAAUGUCCCUAAAGAGGUCCGAGAUGUUGGGAGAGAUGGCAGGAGGAGUAAGGAAGACAGCUGGGGCAAGAACCUGUUGCUUGUGGCUCUGUGCAUGACUUUUGGUGUUGAGGUUGGGUUUAAGUUUGCCACAAAGACUGUGAUCUACCUCCUCAAUCCAUGUCAUGUGGUCACAAUGGUGCAAAUCUUCCUGCUUGCAUGUCCCCCCUGUAAAACUGCAAUGGUUAUCUUUAGACUUCAGGUCCACAUGCUGAAUGGAGCCCUUCUAGCUCUUCUCUUUCCAGUAGUCAACACUAGACUGCUUCCAUUUGAAAAGGAGAUCUAUUAUAUUCAACACUCCAUGCUGUAUCUUGUGCCUGUCUACCUCUUCAGAAAAGGAGGUGUGUAUAAGCCAGAGCCGCUGGGUGACAUGUGGUGGGCGCUGCUGUCCUCAGGAAUCCUCUUCCUCUACCACUUUGUAUUCCUCCAGGGCCUUGGAAUGUUGACCGAAGUGAAUUUGAACAACAUGCUGUGUCCUGCUGUCUCUGACCCGUUUUAUGGACCCUGGUAUCGAGUGUGGGCAACGGGCCACCAGACAGCCUUGACUUUACUGCACGGCAAGGCUCUGACCAUCCUCUCGCAACACACUGCUCCCACAUGCCGGGAUUUACUGGAUAUAGCACGUCUACGUCUACGCAACAAGAAGAUGGACUAGUGUUUUUAUCAGCAGUCUCACAUGGACAAAACCUCAUGCUCCUGAACCAAAACUUGUCCAGCAUCCUAGAUAAAAGCGUAACGUUAGUACAUGCCUUUAUUUUCCUAUUUGUUGUUGUUUGGUCCUAACCUGGUUUCUCAUAGCUGGAUCGAAGAAUUGUUUUUACACCAAAGGAGCAGGGGACAGCAGGAUUCAAACAUCAACCAUGCCUUUUUCUUUUCAGUUUAAAUGUUUAGCAAAAUGAAGAUUCGGUGAACUCUCAACAGACGUAACCUUUCUUCUCAUGUUGCCUUCUUUAGUUAUGCUCAUCGAACAGUGAAAUGGGGCCAACUCAUUUGCUGAAUAGCGGUUGCACAGUUCCUCACGCCUUUCGUCCUGGAAAUGCAGUUGU